CCUCCUCCCCCCCUCCCCCAUCACAGACCAUCUGACGACGUGGUCAACCGUAACCACCCUCUUUGUGGUGCAAUCUCGGAACUUGACCACCAGUUGGUACAUCCGUGGUUCUUCCAGAUAUUGUAAGGGUGACUUUUCUUGAAGUGGUUCGAGUGAUUGCUCUGGUGGGCGAUCAACUGUCCGAAGAAGAGCCACCGCGUGGUGUUAAUAGUGAAGAGUGAGAGUUAUCUUGGCGGUUAUAAGCGGCACUUUCGAACCAGCCAACCUCGAAGUCUGAAGUCAGGAAGGCAAAAAAAUAAAUAAAAAUCAGCGAUGGCUUCGAAAACACUGGCGCUGCAGGAUGAUGAGCGGUUCGCGCUGAUGAAGUUCCGCAGACAGGUCGCCGACGUGCUGAAGCCAGAACACGAUGAUUACUACUUGCUGCGGUGGCUGCGAGCCCGCGCGUGGAACCCGGAGGCCGCCGAGAAGAUGCUGCGCGACUCGAUGAAGUUCCGCGAGCGCUGGAACGCCGACGAAAUCGACCAGUGGCCAACGCCCCAGGUGCUGAAGGACCUGACGCCGCACGGGACGCCCGGGUUCGACCGGGACGGUUCGCCGAUCAUCAUCAUUCCGUUCGCCGGGUUCGACAUCUGGGGCCUGCUGCACACGGUUUCGCGGGCGGACAUUGUCCGGAUGACGAUGCAGGCCCUCGAGCGUUACAUGAAGCUGGCCUUUGAGCAGAGCCAGAAGACGGGCAAUCCGGCCUGUCGGCAGGUCGUGGUAAUCUUCGACAUGGAGAACUUCAACCUGAAGCAGUACGUGUGGCGACCGGCUUCCGAGGUGGUCAUUUCGCUGAUCAAGAUGUACGAAGCGAACUAUCCGGAGAUUCUCAAGUGCUGCUACAUCAUAAAUGCGCCAAAGGUGUUUGCGUUCGCGUACAACAUGGUUAAAAAUUUCCUCGGCGAGUACACCAUCACCAAGAUCAAGAUCUACAAAUCGGACCAGUCCAAGUGGCUUCCGCCGAUUCUGGAACGGUGCGACCCGUCGCAGCUGCCGGCCCACUUUGGAGGCACCCAAACCGAUGACGACGGAAAUCCCAAGUGUGAGCAGAAGGUCAAAUACGGCGGAAAGGUCCCGAAAGAGCUGUACACCUCGAAGGAGGACAGCUUCAACAACAACGUACCGUUCAACGAAACCGAGAUCAAGAAGGGUGGGAAGUUGAAGUUGGCUUUCGAUUGCGAGGAUGCGGGAUGUUUCUUGAAGUGGGAAUUCCGCACGUUCGAGCACGACAUUCGGUUCGGCAUCAAGUGCACCAACAAAAAGACCAUGGAAAGCAACGAGGAGGUCCCCCUGCGGCGAGUAGCAUCCCACCAGAUUGACGAGUCCGGAUUUAUCCCCUGCCAGCCGGGAUGUCACUAUUCCGUCCUGUUCGACAACUCGUACAGUUACUUCAAAACCAAGAAGAUCCGGUAUUCGGUCGUGAUGACGACUCCGCUGGCCGAGAUUGAGCAAGCGGCCUGCGAAAACAUUGCCCCACUCGCAACCGAGGAUGCCGUAGAAGCGCUGUAACGACCGUAACGCGUCACGAAUGAUAAUCAUUCUUCCUCCUGUACAUAAAUCUUUAAAGAUACUAGCAAAAAAAACAAAAAUUAUAUGAAAAAGCAUAAGAGUACUGAACGUUAAAUGCAUUAAACAAAUUUGGGUGGAAGAAUAGACAGUGUAUUCUUAAUAGAUUGUGAAUAAUUAAAUAUUUUUUAUCGUGCUAUAAAACCUAUCAAACAGAGAAGAAGAAAAAAAACUAUGAGGUUACACAAAUAGAUAUCUUAGUUUCGACCAAAGAUUCCGGCAUCGUGAUGAACUUACUAACAACACCACCUAACUCGCAACACAUACUGCUGCAAGGUAUCUCAAAGAUUGAAGCCAGACUGGAAUUGCUAUAGCCUUAAAAAAAAACGAUUUCGGAGUCAGUUGAUGUGAUCGAAAGAUGGAGGUAACUAUUUUCAGCGAAUGAAAAAAAAGUGUGAUAAUUUUAAAUUAAACAUACAAUAUGCUGUUAAA